GACGACACAGGGAGGGGGGGAAAGAACCACACUUAGCUUACCUCUCUAGCUACGAACAAAGAGACGCGUUUGUACGCAAUAGCUGGCAAAGCAGAGCUCAAAAUACCGCGCUUGUAAAUUGAAACUGUGUCGAAAUGUGUAAAGUUGACAUGAUAAGAGCGUUGCUGAAUGCGCGACUGAGUGCGGCCGUCGAAGAAAUCUGUGUUGUGUUUGAAAGAACGGUAGCGGAGUACGAGGAGGAACUUUCUCGGACGAAAGAGGAAAACGAGAGUCAGCGUCAACUACUGGACGCUCUUUUCAAGUCUCGAGAUCAAGCACGCCGAACAGAUGUCCGUGAAGAUCUUCAUUGUGAGCAGCAGCAGCAGCUUGCGUCUCCUCCCAUUAAAGAGGAAGAGCAAGAGACUUAUGUCACCAAGUUUCCAUCCACCUUUAUCCCUUUGAAAAGUGAAGGUCAAGGUCAAAGUGAGGAGAACAAAGGGGCGGAACCUCCAAACAUUAGCUCAAUUCAGUGUUAUCAAGUCAUGGUAACGGAAGGUGAUGGAGACCACUGCGGAGGAUCACAAGCAGACAGCCUCUCAAUUCGACUGUUAGAUAGUGACGACAUGGCGUCCCACUCUCCUGACACUGACGAUGAUGGCCACUCUAAAGGUGACACGGCAUGUCACUCUGACGACAAGCAAUGGAAAUGUUCUCAUUGUGACAAAACCUUUACGUAUAAGUCGUCAUUAAAAAGACACUUAAGUACACACACCGGGGAGAAACCUUUUACCUGUUCAGUUUGUGGUAAAGGGUUCACUCAGAAGGGGCAUUUAAGAGCACACAUGAGAACACACACUGGAGAGAAACCUUUUGCCUGUUCAUUCUGCAACUUAAGUUUCAGUCAACGUUCAUCGUUGGGUCCACACAUGAGAACACACACUGGAGAGAAACCUUAUUCCUGCUCAGUUUGUGGUAAAAGUUUCUCUGUAAGUCUCAAUUUGAUUAGACACCAAAGAACACACACCGGUGAGAAAGCAUUUAGCUGCAGCAUGUGCGAUGAACAAUUUUCUUAUAAGUAUCAGAUGAACAAACACGUGUGUGCCGGUGAGAAGAGCAGUGGUCAAUGAAGCUGAAAAAUGUAAGUUUCGAAAGUUUGUAACAUUGUGCUAACAUUGAUAAGUGAAUAUGUGAUUUUGAAUGAAAUAGAAGUUGUCAAAGAGUAAAUAUAAUAAGUGUAUAAUAUAUAACAGUAAGUAUAGUAUAAUAAAUAUACACUUCAUUGCGGUUCCCCUUUCGCUCUCCCACUCUUAACGGGGAUUUUUGAGCGACCUUUUUUGGGAUUGGUAAGGUUUUUGCGGUAAUGUGUAGCAUUGUGUGCAGGCAAGUCUGAAUUUAAUAAUAUAAUACCACGCUUUGCCGCAACAUGCUGGGCAGCACUGAGCUUUAUUGGAUGGAGAUGUAGCAAAAGAAGAGAACAAGAAGCAUAGAAGGAUCCCCUACUAAGUAGCGCAAAUAUAUUAUGCCUGUAUGUAAUAUACCGGAUGGUUUGGGUGAACAUUUUAGUGUUAAAAUAUAAAAUGAUUUAAUUCUCUUGUUGUUUGAGAUACUGCUCCGUUUAUAAGAGAAUAGACGCAUGCGUGUACACAAAACACUUCAUUCAAUAAAUACAGUAUUUUCUACACAUUCUAUGAUUGCAAUUUUUUGUGUUCAAAUAUAUGUUUACAUAUUCAAAAAGUGUGUUUUAAUAUGUUUAAAGUGUGUGGGAGCGGUAAAACUAGAGAUGUUUGAUGCCACAUUUUGAGUAUUCACUCUUGAAUAUUAUGUAGUAUUUUUGAUACAUCAAAUUUCAAUUAACACAGUGACGAAUAAUUGCGAACAAAGACCUUUCUUUCUUUCUUUCUGACGCACAUGAUGAUUCGCUGAUGUGUGCCGACUGUCGAGAAGGACCAACAGUGAAUUGGAACCUAACUUUAUACGUAAUGAUUGAAAUGCUCAAAAUGUAUGCAGGUGUUUCAAUGUACAAUAGUGCUGAUCAGACCAAUGAAUCUUGUGAAAAUGGACCCAAAAAAAAAUUUGUAACAAUGAAUAUAGAAUAUUUCAAAUGUAUUAUGUCAAUGGAUUUGGAGGUGUGAUGGCCGUAAGAACAUUUGAAGAAGGAAUUCAUUUGGGCGGCCACCUCGUUUUCUGCGGCCCACGGAAGCAAAUCAUUUACAUCAAUUUACCUGAUUCUUGUGAACAUCUGUGCCAAAAUUUGAAAUUGUCAUAUGUAAUCAAUAUUAAAAGCAUUUUUUAUUACCUGAA